UUUCACAACGCGCCACGGCCCAGCUAUAAGAGACACCGGCGUGGCACCGGCCCCCCGCCCGCCCCAGGGGACCUCGCUACUGUGACAAGAUGAGCAAGGCCUCGCAGACCCAGGAGCCGCUCUCGGAGCUGGAGAAGGCCAUGGACGUCAUCAUCGACGUCUUCCACCAGUACUCCAGGCGGGAGGGGGACAGGGACACCCUGACCAAGAAGGAGCUCAAGCUGAUGAUUGAGAAGCAGCUGGCGAAUUACCUGAAGCACGUGAAGAGCAAGGCCACCAUCGACCAGAUCAUGAAGGACCUGGACGUCAACAAGGACGCCCAGAUCAGCUUUGGGGAGAUGAUGCUGCUGGUCACCCGUGUCACCUGUGCCACCCACGAGCACCUGCACGAGGUGGAGGACCAGCAGCAGCAGCAGCAGCAUCACCACCACCACCACCACUGAGGCACCCAGGCAGCGCUGCAGCUCCCGGUUUCCUCCCCUCCAAGGAAUCUUUGAGCUUGGAGAAGGCUCCAAAGUCGAACCCAGCCUUAAACCGCCCCUCCCCGCCCUCCUCCCUCCUCCCCUUCCUCCAAACGCGACGGUUUUGCUGCCAAAUAAAGAUUUGCCCCGAGGCUGCCGAA